GUUUAAAGUGAAUCAUUUCAUCAACAGUCCGCUAGUUCGUUUGUUUGGCGACGGUUCCCCUAAGUAAACCAUGAUGUCUAGAAACAUUUUACUUCUUAUUUGCUCCGUGGCAGUCAGUCAAGCAGUCGUAAUAGAGACAAGUUCAAAGAAUGACGAUGAGAACUCAAGUAGAUGGCAAAUGGUAAAAAUGUUCCAUUCAUCGAGUCCUCGGCUGUUCCACCAUUAUGACUACUAUGCUUACCCUAAAUACGAGUUUGAAUACGCUGUGUCGGACAAGAAAACUGGAGACCACAAGCGCCACCAUGAGACCAGAGAUGGGGACAAGGUGCGAGGAGAGUACAGUCUGGUGGAACCUGAUGGAUCCAUGAGGAAAGUGCAGUACGACGCUGAUGACCAUAAUGGGUUCAAUGCCGUUGUCAGCAAGACCGUCAACAAGCAUGGCGAUCAUGCCUACUCAGUAUUUGGUGAAACGAAACAUUUUGGUCAAGGCGUCAAAAUUAACCACUACUUCCCCGGCAAGGACUAUUAUUACCAAGAACAAGUGACAACCGAAAGUGCGCCGAUCGAAAUGGAAAACAAACCAGUUCAGCCUAAACCUGUUAAAGAGGUCGGGACGGAAUCUAAUGAUAGUGAAAACAAAAUGAUACUGAUUGAAGCUGGGAACAAAAUGAUGUUAUUAAAGCCCGUUGAAAUUGUCACUCAGCCACCAGUUGCAAAACCUGAAUCAGUACCUGAACCAGUUGUCAAAGUUGAAGCGGUAGAGGCUGCUACAGUCAAAAGCAUGCCUGAAGUAGUUUCAAUGAUGAUAGCCAAUUCGGGAUCUUUGGAUACAAUUAAUACCGUAGUGGCUGAGAAGACUGAACAAACUGCUCCUGAAACUGAAAAUAAAGAACCAAAGGAGACUCCAAAACAAAUAAAAGAAGAAACGGCAUCAGAUUCCGACGUUGCAUCAUCAUACUAUCGCCACUCAAGGAUUUACUACGUAGGAUUUUAAGAGCAAGAACCUAUUUUUAUUACUAUUUUCUGUUAUGUAGUUUUAAAAUUUAAAGUCAUAGAGGUAAACAAUGUGAGCAGUAGCAAGUAUUAUUGAAUAUUAUUCAAGGUUUAGAACGGCUAGACUGACUACAUGAAUUAAAUAAAAAAUUAAAACAU